CUAUAUUUUCCUCUUUUCUAAUUAUGGCUUCUAUACAAGACCAAGAAGAGGUACCAAAAUCACCUGAAUUCCUUUCUUCUGAAGGAACACCAACAGGAGACCUGGAUAACACGCCGUUCUUCAAGUACAAAGAACAACGCGCGAUCGUUGACCAAGACAGUAAGUAUUUGUGCCACAACCUACCUAUCAAUCCUGCGUUGGACGAAGAAAUAGAACCAAGAACAAUAUUGCAUCCAGUGGUUAAUACCGGUACACCUCCUCCUGUAGUAGAUUCAACUAUCCAUUCGGAACAAGAAACCGGCCACACAAUUACAACUGAAUUGAGGGAACUGUACUCAAGCUUACAUCGUUGCCUUGAACUCCGUGACAAGUAUAUGAUCCGAUCCCGCCAGAGAUUAAAUGACAACCCAAAAAAUCGUUCUGAUUGGAAGAUCUAUCCUGAACCUCCACCCCGCUCAUGGCCUUUGCCUAGCCCAGAAGAACUCGAGAGAAGACGUAAAAAAGAGCAUGAGCGUGAGAUGGAUCCCAUUGCCGCAGUUGGUAGUGACUUUGACUUUGAAUCCUGUGAAUUCCCGUCAAAGGAUGAAAAUUAUACCUACGGCUUGAACCCCGAAGGGUUUUAUGAAGUAUAUGCUUCAGACCAUGAUAAAAAACAGCACCGUCCAAUCUGUAAUAUUCCUCACCGCAAGGAGUUUUAUGAAGACAUGGAUUUUGUCCUAAAUACCAUUAGUGAUGGACCAGCCAAAAGUUUUGCUUUUAGACGCCUGCGGUACCUUGAUGGAAAAUGGCAAAUGUACAUUCUAUUGAAUGAAUUCCAGGAACUGGCCGAUUCAAAGAGAGUUCCCCACAGAGACUUUUAUAAUGUUCGUAAGGUAGACACUCACGUUCAUCAUACUAGUUGCAUGAACCAAAAGCACUUGUUGCGUUUCAUCAAGUCAAAGAUGAAGAGAUCCCCUGAUGAUGUUGUGAUUUAUCGUGAUGACAAACACUUGACUCUCGCUGGAGUUUUCGAGAGUCUGGGAUUGACUGCCUAUGACCUCAGCAUCGACACCCUAGAUAUGCACGCCCACAAAGACUCUUUCCACCGGUUCGACAAGUUCAAUUUGAAGUACAACCCAAUUGGAGAGAGUAGACUUCGUGAAAUCUUUAUAAAAACCGACAAUUACAUCAACGGUCGUUACCUCGCUGAAAUCACAAAGGAGGUUGUGUCUGAUUUGGAAUCAUCUAAAUACCAGAUGGUUGAGUAUCGUCUUUCGAUCUAUGGAAGAUCAAAGUCUGAAUGGGACAAGUUAGCCAAGUGGGUGGUCAACAACAAGAUGUUCUCUCCCAAUGUUCGUUGGUUGAUCCAGAUACCUCGUCUGUACAACCUCUACAAGUCAUCUGGUGCCAUUGAGAACUUUGAGAAUGUAAUCAAGAACGUCUUUGAGCCGUUAUUUGAAGUCACCAAAGACCCCUCAAGUCACCCUGAGUUGUUUGUUUUCUUGCAACGUGUGGUUGGGUUCGAUUCAGUCGAUGACGAAUCUAAACCUGAGAAGAGAAUCUUUAAAAAGUAUCCUGCACCUAGAGAUUGGACUAACAAGAGCAAUCCACCUUACAGCUACUACAUUUACUACAUGUACGCUAAUAUGACUUCUCUCAACGAGUGGCGCCGCCAACGUGGUUUCAAUACGUUUGUGUUGAGACCUCAUUGUGGUGAAGCAGGUGAUACCGAACACUUGACAGCUGCAUUUUUGACGUCGUUUGGUAUUAGUCACGGUAUCUUGUUGCGAAAGGUCCCUGCCUUGCAAUAUUUGUUUUACCUAGCCCAGAUCCACAUUGCCAUGUCACCGCUGUCUAACAACGCACUGUUCCUCACAUAUGAAAGAAAUCCUUUCCCACAAUUCUUCCAGCGUGGUCUUAAUGUGUCGCUGUCUACAGAUGAUCCACUUCAAUUUCACUUUACAAAAGAACCUUUGAUUGAAGAAUACAGCGUAGCUGCUCAGAUCUGGAAGUUGUCUUCGACAGACAUGUGUGAGUUGGCUCGUAAUUCGGUUAUUCAGAGUGGCUGGGAAAACAAAAUCAAGCAACACUGGAUCGGAGAGUCUUGGAGUGAACCGGGUGUGGCAGGUAACGACAUGCAGAGAACCAAUGUACCUGACAUUCGAGUCAAGUUCCGCCACGACACUCUCACUCAAGAACUUAAUGCUCUGCGUCGCUAUGGCACCAUGGAUGGAAAAUCAGCAGAGGAACAGCUCGAAGACUUGGAAUCGGAGCCUAGUCAGCAUGACAUGGUAGGUCUGGCUGGAGUAACGGAUCCUAUUCAUCUCCAGCAAGAUUUCAUUCAUGCACGCAAUGAUCCCCUUGAUCCUUCCAUGGGACAGUUUCCAGGGGCAGCCAUGGUAGCAGAACGAGCUAAGAGAAAGACGCACAGCUGUCUUCAUUAAACAAUCAAUCGAGUACAUACAUACAUACAAAAAAAUUAUUUUAUUUAGGAAAACAUAUAUAUAUAAAGAUAAAAUAAGCAAUUUCAAUACCCAUUGAUUGGUAUUAUACUU